ACCUUAAAAAUCCUAAUGCUGAGCAUUAUUCCCUCAGGACUCACUGCUUUGGUGUCUGUUUUUGUAAAUGACUUCCUGGCAUCUGGCCUGUUGAUCACUCAUUCUCUCGCUCUCUGUCUAUCUCCCUCUUCCUCACAUGUUCUCCCUCAAUAUCUUUCUCUUGCACUCUUUCGUUCAUGCUAUCUCUCUCGUGCUCUGUCCAUAUCUGUCUCUAUAUCUCUCUCUCGUGCGCUCUCUCUCGUGUGUGUGCUCUCUCUGUAUCUUUCUUCCUUGCUGUCCCUCGCUCACACUAUCUCUCGCUGUCUGUUCUCUGCCUGCUUGCCUCCCUGUCCCUCCUUUCUACAGGUAGUGAAGGCCUACGAUCAUCAUGAGCAGGAGUGGGUGGCCAUCAAGAUCAUCAAGAACAAGAAGGCCUUCCUGAACCAGGCCCAGAUUGAAUUGCGCCUUCUGGAGCUCAUGAACAAACAUGACACUGAGAUGAAGUAUUACAUUGUUCACUUGAAGCGGCAUUUCAUGUUCCGGAACCAUCUGUGCUUGGUCUUUGAGCUGCUCUCCUACAACCUGUACGACCUGCUGAGAAACACCAACUUCCGCGGGGUGUCCCUGAACCUGACUCGCAAGUUUGCCCAGCAGAUGUGUACAGCCCUGCUGUUCCUGGCCACCCCUGAACUCAGUAUCAUCCACUGUGACCUGAAGCCUGAGAACAUCCUCCUGUGCAACCCCAAGCGCAGUGCCAUCAAAAUCGUCGACUUUGGCAGCUCCUGUCAACUCGGGCAAAGGGUCAGCAUGCUGUGCCAAAUCUGCUCAAAUCGUGUGUCUUUGUGUGUGUGUGUGUGUGUGUGA